CUACUUUUCCUCAUGAGAGUACUCGCUGUCGUCGCCUUGCUUGUUGUCGCUGCUGCCGGUGCUCCUGAUGAAACCACCCCAGCCCCGACCACCACUUCUGCCGUGACGACGACGACGGUUCCUACGACUACUACCGCUACGACGACGAAGGCCCCGAUCACGACCACAACGGCCCCUACCACAGUCGACCCUGUUACCACCGAAGCCCCCACAACGACUUCGGCCGCGACAACCUCCCCAGUCACCACCACAGCCGCUACCACCACCAAGGCUGUCGUCACAAGCGCCACGCCUACUUUGGCCCCCAGCGACUCGACGAAUACUUCGGUGAUCUCGUCCCCCGACACGAACGAAACGGAAGCGCCUUUCUUGGUUGAAGAAGAAACUACUGCUCCCUCCACGACCGAGGUAGUGACCACGACGGCCAAGCCGACCACGACCCCCGUGCCUUCCAGCGCUGUCGCGAUGACUGUCUCCGCCUUGGCUACUGUGUCUGUGAUCGCUGCUUUGAUCUAAACACAAGUGUCGUGAGAUUAAAAUCUAUAUAUCCACCUGACUUGGUUCAUUUCGA